AUGACAAAAUCUUUUGCUCCUGCUGUUAUUUUUUAUCUGAUCAUCUUAGCAAUAGAAUUCUCAGCGGGAGUUGUUACAAAUGGAUAUAUUGUUGCCUUAAAUUGUAUCGACUGGGCCAAAAGCAGAACACUGACUUCCUAUGAUAAGAUCAUAAUCAGUGUGGCCUUUUCCAGAUUUUGCCUACAAUUCUUCGUGACAUUAGACAAUGUUUUAUCUAAGGUAUAUCCAAAUAUCUUUGAUAGAUUUGAAACACUACAGCCUUACCUAGUUAUCUGGAUGUUCAUAAACCAAGUGAGUCUCUGUUUUGCAAGUUGCCUUUCUGUGUUCUACUGUGUGAAGAUUGCCACUUUCAACCAGUGCCUCUUCAGCUGGUUAAAACUGAAAAUCUCCAGACUGGUGCCAUGGCUGCUUUUGGGCUCUAUGCUGUACUGCUUGGUUACCACCGUUGCUUUUACAUUGUUCAGUUAUUCCUACUGGGUAUUUUCUCACAACUCCACAGAUUGUGUAUCAACAAAUGGCACAAUAUCAGACAAUAAAAAUAACCUUUUGGAGUUCACUUUUCUGAUACACAGCGUAGGAUCUAUUUCCCCUCUUAUUGUAUUUAUUGCUUCAUCUGUUCUGUUAAUCAUAUCCCUUUGGAGACACAUCAGGAAAAUGAACCUUAAUUCAGACUUUAAUCCAAGUUUCAGGAACCCCAGCACAGAUGCUCAUGUUCGUGCUCUUAAAUCUGUGGUGUCCUUUUUCAUCAUCUACAAUAUUUAUUAUGUAGCUUCAACAUUCUCAAUAGGAAACCUAUCCUCUUUGAAUGCUGAAUGGAUAAUUUGGGUGUGUACAUUUGUAGCUGCUGCCUACCCUUCUGUACACUCCAUUAUCUUGAUUCUGGGCAACCCCAAAUUAAAACUGGCCUCAGCAAAAAUUCUGCAUUCUGCCAAUUGCUGUUUCGGAGAGGUUACUUCAUAA